GAGUGAAUGAAAUAUGACAGCCGCCCAAAUAGAUGCUCGUUGUCGCGACAUCCGCACAUAUCGUGAAUAACAAACACAACGACCAGAGCUGUGUUUGAAUGUCUCGGCACAUGCACACCACUUGUAUCAAAGUUCUCUGACAAUUUUCAACAAUCAAGUAAAAUAAGACGAGAUAAAAAAGCGUCGAGCAAUGCAAAGAGGAAGAGAUAGUUUGAAAUGCAAACUGUCUUGGUCAGAAAUACAGUGCACGAACGCGCUCAGUUUAUCUACAACUGCUGACCACAGUAAAGGAAUUUCUUUUUGUCGCAAUCAAAGAGUACAAAAUUUGUUUUUCUUUCGUUUUGAAGAAGCAAAUUUCAAAUUUGGCUUGAAUAUGAAAUAUUGUUUACUUUUGAUCGGUGUUUUUGUGAGUAUCGAGCUUGGAAUAGGCAUGGAAGAUGGAGGAGAUGCAAACCGCAGAGCUAAUAAACCGAUUUGGAAUGAAACAUACGCCGAUGCAUUGAAACGUGACCUUCUAAUGUCAUACGAUAAAUUUGCACGACCAACAGAACACUACAACACCACCAUAGUGAAACUCGAUUUGAAAAUCAAACACGUCGACUUCGAUGAGGCUACUUCGAUUUUCACUGUUUAUGCAUGGUUUGCUAUGGAGUGGAAUGACGAAAAACUCAAAUGGAAUAAGUCACUCUAUGGCAAUUUGAGCAGAAUUGGAUUGGCUCAACAUGAGAUCUGGCAGCCAGACAUUACACUGUACAACAGCAUCACGCAUAAUGUAGACUAUUAUGGAGCGACAAAUUUCCUUGUUGAACCAAAUGGCAACGUGAUUUGGGUACCACCAGCGACAUUCAAGACGUUUUGCGAUUCAAAUCUUCGUUAUUGGCCUUUUGAUAGCCACAAAUGCACUUUAUUAUUUGGUUCCUGGGUAUACAAUGGCCAUGAAAUCGACGUGGUGCCAAAGGAAACCGAUUCACACCUUGAACUAUUUAUUGAAAACCCUGAAUGGGAAGUAACGGAUUUGAAAGUGGAUCGAAGUGUUACCGUUUACGCAUGUUGCCAGGAACCCUACGUAGAUGUUCGGUAUAAUAUUACGAUAGCUCGUCGUUCAACAAUAUAUCGAACAGUAAUUUUGGCACCAGCCUUCGUUGUCAUUCUACUUACUUUGCUCACCUUUUGGCUGCCUGCUCAAUAUGGCGAGAAAAUUCUGCUGAAUGGCAUCACCGCACUGAUUAUUGUGCUCUUCUUACUCUAUUUUUCGCAGAAAUUAAAUGUUAUGGCUUCACACACACCUCUGAUUGUUCUCUUUUACAGCCAUGCACUUUACAUGGUGUGCUUUUCCACACUGAUUUCGGUGAUUGUUAUAAAUUUAACACGAUUUAAACACCAGAGAGCCUUACCAUGGAUCAUCAAAAAGCAUUUGGAUGGAAAGUUGGGCGAUAUUUUACUACUGGAUCACAUUAAUGACUCUGAGACUGAACAACAGCCCCGUGCCUCCGAGCUUCGUGAACAUCCGUUCGAUGAGCAUUUACCAAAUGACGAACAGCAAAUCAUUCAGCAAUGUCGCAUUGGAAAUGGUUCAUUGAAAAAUGAUUACUUGAAAUUGGCCACGGCUGUGGAUAGAAUAGCUUUCAUCGUAUACUUUUUCCUCUUUUCGAUUUAUGGUAUUGUUUAUUCGAUUUAAUUGUUUUUUUUUAUUUUCACCCGCUAAAUAAACCGAAGCAACCAAAAUUUAUCGUUACCGGAAGUGAUACAAAGUGUCCGAGUUUGAAAGUUCUGAUAUAUUGAAUAAAUAAACCGUAAAAAUGGAAC